GUGAGGCCCGCGCAGCCCAUUGGCGCAGCUGAGUGCGUGGGUGGGGCGCGGCGCGGCGGCGUAAUGGCGGCGGCGGCGGAGGAGUCCGGCUGGAGGCGAGUGGGCUUCGUGGGCGCGGGCCGCAUGGCGGAGGCCAUCGCGCAGGGCCUCAUCCAAGCAGGAAAAGUGGAAGCUGAGCACGUGCUGGCCAGUGCGCCCUCCGACAAGAACCUCUGCCGUUUCCGGGCCAUGGGCUGCCAGACCACCCACUCCAACGCGGAGGUGCUGCACAGCUGCUCCCUCGUCUUCUUCGCCACCAAGCCCCACAUCCUUCCAGCUGUGCUGGUGCAGGUGGCUCCUGCUGUCACUGCUGAGCACAUCUUGGUGUCCGUAGCCGCCGGGGUGUCCCUGAGCACCCUGGAGGAGCUGCUGCCCCCAACAGCUCGGGUGCUCAGGGUCUCACCCAACCUGCCCUGCAUCGUCCAGGAGGGUGCCAUGGUGAUGGCGCGGGGCCGCCAUGCUGGGAGCUACGAGGCCCAGCUCCUGCGGUCCCUGCUGGAGGCCUGCGGGCAGUGCGAGGAGGUGCCUGAGGCCCAGGUGGACGUCCACACCGGCCUCAGCGGUAGCGGCGUAGCCUUUGUGUGUGCCUUCUCUGAAGCCUUGGCCGAAGGUGCCAUCAAAAUGGGCAUGCCCAGUGGCCUGGCCCACCGCAUCGCUGCCCAGACCCUGCUGGGGACGGCCAAGGUGCUUCUGCAGAAGGGGCAGCACCCAGCUCAGCUGCGGACUGACGUGUGCACACCGGGCGGCACGACCAUCUAUGGGCUCCAUGCGCUGGAGCAGGGUGGGCUGCGGGCCACGGCCAUGAGUGCUGUGGAGGCUGCCACCUGCCGGGCCAGGGAGCUCAGCAGGAAGUAGGUGCGGGCCACGCCCCUCCCCUGUGGUGGCUUGGGUCCCCUCUGUCCUGCAAGCCCUGCAGGGAGGAGGGGCCCUGGCCCACAGGGAACACAGCAGGGUGUGGCCUGUCCCUGGACCCUAAGCUCUUGGCAAGGACAGGGAAAGCUGGCCCUGAUGACCCUUCCCUGGGUCAGGAGCCCUGGAGGGUCCUGUGGCCUGGCCUCUGACUGCAGGAUUUGGUUCUCAACAUGUCCGUGAAGGGACCAACAGGCCAGGAAAGCCAGAAACAUGGGGCCUUUGUUGGGGGGCCGCCCCAUCCCAUGCAGGCCCAAGUGCUGGAGCCCCUUCCUGCCACCUGCGGGGUGUCUGUGAACAGGGCUGACACACCACCGGCUGCGCACUCUACCGCCCGGCCUCAAGCCUCUCCCAGAGUUCCAGCCUCUGUCCCGCUGGCCCUCAGCCAGGCACUGCUUGUCUGACCCCAGCCCUUGUACUAGUUAGAAGGGUCAGCCAAAGUCCAUUUCUUCACCUUUUUUUUUUAACCUUUAAAAUGAAAAUAAAGAUGCUGUCCUAUA